GUCACUCAUGAGACAAUGGGUAGAUUAUUGUAUUCCUUCAAUUUUCAAGCUUUUAUUUCUAGUCUGCUACUAGUUUUUAUCACUGGGAUCUUAACUUUUUCACCUAUAUCAGAAGAGGAUGGGUCCCUCAAACUCCAAAGAUAUAUUGAACCAAAUGUAAACUACAACCAGGAAAAUUAUUUGUCUAAGCAUGUAGACAUAGAAACAAAUAUUCAAAAACCAGAGCCGGAGUUUGAUCACAACAAAUUAGGUUUCGGACAAAAGCCAUUAGUGCCCCAGGACCACGUCAAAUGGCAGUAUAAAGGAACAGGAGAAGUACUUAAAAUUACAUUCGGUAAAAUUACUUACGAUAGUUUUACACGAAGCAGAAGAAAGCGAUCAAAUUUAUUCAAUGACUUGGAUGAUCAGAAUGAAAAAAAAAUUAUGACUAAUGAUCAAGAAAUUAUGUUAAGAAUGAACACAGAGAAUAUACCAGAAAGUCAAAAUAGGCAUCAACCUUGGUAUUGGAGUUGGUUGUUCAAAUCUCAUGGUGGAAAGCAAAAACGGAGUACCGAGGUCCAAAAUGUAUCGGAAAUUAUGAACAAACUUAAUAACAAUCGAAGUAGCGGCACAAACUCUACAAAAAAGGAAAACUUCCUUGCAGUACCUUCCAAUGCGUCAAAUAGCCUUCUUGAAAAACUGGAGAAUAACACAGUGGAACCACAGAGUAAGCGGGACAAUGAAACUACGCAUGAUAAAGAGAUGAAUAGAUAUGAUAGUGAUAGUAAUUUUAAUGUCACCUUUGAAAAACAAAGCCCUGAUAAUAUCACGGCUAUUCUCCUAGAAGAGGCAAAUUUGGAACAACAAAUUAAAGAUCAUAAUCCUGGAAUAACAACAACAGAAGCAUUAUGGAACACUGAUGAAUUCAUAGAAGGGAUAUCCAACUGA